AUGGCUGAAGCAGAGUCUCAGAAAGCUGCUGUCAAGACUCGUUGGCAUUCUAUCAGAUCAAACCCUAAGAUCAUUGUCAUAGCUCUAUUCGCGUCCUUUGGAGGUUUCGAAUAUGGUUAUCAGCAGGGCGUGUUGUCCCAAUCCUUCGUUGCCACCCGUUUCACCGAGAAUUUUCCCUCAGUCGUUCAAUCCUCAGCAUCCGAGGGUUGGUUGACAUCUGUACUCCAGCUUGGUGGUAUUUUGGGGUCCCUUUCCGCCGGCCUACUCGGUGAGAUGUUCUCGAGAAAAUAUACCAUGCUCAGCGCUUGUUGUUGGACGAUUCUCGGUAGCUAUCUCUACGUCGGAGCCCACGCCGGACACCCUCAACUACUCUACGCAGGACGAUUCUUCACAGGCAUCGGCGUCGGCCUAUAUAGCGGCGUUGGACCGCUUUACAACGCGGAAAUCUCGGCUCCUGAGACAAGAGGCUUUAUUGUCAGCUUCUACCAAUUCACCACCAUAUUAGGCAUCAUGUUGAGUUUCUGGAUUGGAUAUGGAAGCAACUACAUCGGUGGAACUGGCGAGGGACAGUCAGAUUUGGCUUGGAGGCUACCAUCCAUUAUCCAGGGCAUUCCUUCGAUUCUUCUGGCCCUGGGUAUCUGGUGGAUGCCAUUCUCUCCGCGGUGGCUUGUCAAAGUCGGAAAAUACGAGAAGGCCAAGGAGACUCUAGCAUGGCUCCGUAAGAGAUCGAUCGAGGAUCCGCUCGUCGAGGCCGAGUUCCUCGAAAUUAGGGCCGAGGCCUUAUUCGAGCAGCGCGUGUUCGAGAAGAACUUUCCCAAAUUGGCAGCCAAGAAGCAAAGCAUAUUUAUCCGCGAGCUUGCCGGAUAUGUCCCUCUAUUUCGAUCGCGGGACAACCUGAAGCGAACUGCCACCGCAUGGCUGGUCAUGUUCUGGCAACAGUGGAGCGGUAUAGACUCGAUCAUUUACUACGCGUCGAGUGUGUUUCAAAGCUAUGGCUUCUCAGAAGGCACGACUGCUGAGCUGGCUACUGGUGUCACCGGCUCUGUGUUUAUGGCGAGCACAAUCCCAGGAAUGCUCCUCAUCGAUCGGCUCGGACGUAAAACGAUGCUCCUUACUGGGUCCACCAUUAUGUUCGUUACUAUGAUCAGCGUCGGGGUGAUAGUCGCCAAGUUUCGCCACGACUGGGCUAACCACACUGAUGCGGGUUGGGCCGCAAUUGUACUCAUCUGGAUCUACACAGCUGGCUUUGGCUAUGGAUGGGGUCCUGCCUCAUGGACGCUCGUAUCCGAGAUCUUCCCUCUGUCCAUAAGAGCGCGAGGUGCCUCCAUAGGGGCGUCGAGUAAUUGGGUCAACAACUUCGCCAUCGCUCUGUUCGUGCCUUCCAUGUUCGCUUCCUGGGCGUGGGGCACAUACAUUUUCUUCGCAGUAUUCCUUGUGGGCGGAUUUCUUUGGGUCUGGCUUGUUCUGCCCGAGACCAAAAAUGCUACGCUUGAAGACAUGGACCGUGUUUUCAAGAGCUAUACUGGUGCAGAGGAUGCCGCCAUGCUAGCGGAAGCGCAACGGGAUGUUGGCCUCCUUGAUUUCCUGAGCCGCGGUCUGAACCCAGAUGAGCUUGUCGAGAAGGCUUAA